CACUGCACCUCCGACACAGCGCGCCAGGACCGUUAACACAUCCACCUCUCUCUCUCUCUCUCUCUCUCUCUCUCUCUCUCUCUCUCUCUCUCUCUCUCUCUCUCUCUCUCUCUCUCUCUCUCUCUCUCUCUCCCCUCUCUCUCUCCCUCUCCCUCUCUCUCCGUCUCUGUGUGUCCGUGCAGUUUACCCCCUCAUCGAUACGUGCAACUGAUACUACCCGGGAAAACUCGACCUCACACGGCGGUCGUCUUGGCUGUGUGUGCGCGCUACAAACUUUUUCCUCGCAUGCUCCACGGCUCUCUCUGCGCCUGGCACGGACCACGGAAAAAAAAGUUUCGCUUGUGCGGGAUAAAAGGACGCCCAGGACCUGCCAAGGAAUUACUUUAUACACCGACGAGCCCUACCGAGCCCGAAUUGCCAGCAAGAGGCACCCAUUCUAAGUAUAAAGGACGGACCCAAUCGGCACCAUACUCCCCAUACCAUUCCCCCCCGCUCUUUUCUCUCCACCCCUUCCCCCCGGCCCACUGAGCUCUCCGCUCACCCCUCCUCCUCCUCAACCAACACCCCCGGGCAAGAUGGACCUUCAUCACCGAGCCGCUUUCAAGAUGGAGAGCUCAUCGUACCUCCCUGGCCCAUUGGCGUCUCCAGCUCUCAUGGUGCUGGCGUCAACAGCCGACGCCAGUAGGGAUGCCUCGGCCCCUUGUCAGCAGCCGAGGCCGUUUGGAGCACCCGUGUCCGUCUCUGACAAAGACGUGCACCUACCCUUCGCCAACGGCUCCUACGCCUUCGCCUCUGUCUACCACCGACAGCCUGGCUUCGGUGGCCGUGACUUUGCGCCAUCUCUCCUGCACCUGCACCACCAGUUUGCACCACCUGGCCUAGACUGUCCACCAUCCAUCAGUGUGCUUAACCAUGGUGCUGUUGGAGCCUUCCGGCCCUUCGCAUCACCACCAGAAGAACGUGAUGCAGCCUCAGGGGCCUACCAAUCAGCUUUCACUCCAGCAAAGCGCCUCAAGGGCUGCCUGGAGGCAGAAGCAUCUCCACACCUGCGCUACUCAGACGCUGAGGGUAAAGAGUAUGACUACGGUGGUGCCCACGUGCCCUCAGGCUCACCCGGUGCCCUUAAGGCCGUGGAGGAUGCCGGAAAGAAAAUCUUCGCCGUCUCUGGCCUGCUGUCUGACCGUGAGGCCUCGUCCAGCCCAGAGGACCGCACUGAGCGCUCCAGGGAGAAGCUUCUCCAUGCUGCCUCUUUUCCUCCUCCUCCUCUACCUUCUCGGCUCUUUCUGGCUCUCCCCCUGAUGCGGAGGAGGCCGAUGUGCCACUCAGGCAAGAAGAAGGUGUCGCUGUAUGACAGCCAGGCUCCCAUCUGCCCUAUCUGCCAGGUCCUUCUGCGUCCCGGAGAGCUGCAGGAGCACAUGGAGCAGGAGAUGGAAAGGCUCACCCAUUUGCACAUCAGUAAGAACCCAUCACCGAAGGAUCUCAGCACAGCGCCUGGCACGCCCAAGUCUCUCCUGUUGUCAGUGCACAUCAAGCGUGAGGGAGAGUCUCCAGUAAUCUCACCGCUGUCCUCUGACGACCCGCACCAUUCUGACAGAUACCAGACUUUUUUGCGAGUGCGAGCAAACAGACAAACACGACUGAAUGUCGGUGACCUCUGCUGGCGCAGGCGUUACGGCAAGGAUGUGCCCCGAGAUGUGCCCCUAGCUCCCUACUGCCUACACGACGCUCGGAUCGGCAAGCUGAAGCGACGGAAGCCAGAGGAUGGACAGGUAUGUCCGCUGUGCAGCGCUCCGCUGGAAGGAACAGUUGAGGAAAUGAAUAAGCAUGUGGAAGAGUGUCUGUUAAAGAGGGAAGGCGGCAUAGAGGACGACCAGGCAGAUAUGGAAGGCGAGAACGGCACCCGCUUCGAAGAGUACGAGUGGUGCGGCCAGAAGAGGAUCCGAGCGACUUCUCUGCUGGAGGGAGGCUUCAGAGGAACAGGCUUCGCCAUGUGCAGCGCAAAAGAGAGCCACGACAGCGACGCCGACCUGGACGUGGACGGAGACGACACCCUGGAGUACGGCAAAGCACAGUGCAGAUACACUGAAGCAGAUAUCAUUCCUUGUUCCGGAGAGGACCAAGGGGAGACCAAAGAACGUGAGGCACUCCGCGGAGCCGUCUUAAACGGAGGCAUGCCAUCCAACAGGAUAACGCCGGAGUUCUCCAAGUGGGCUAGCGAUGUUCACUCAUUACGUGGAGGUGUGUGUGUGUCUGCAGAAAUGCCAUCCACCAGCAACGGUGAGAGCAGCAAGCAGGAGGCCAGCUCUGCAUCGACAUCCACCGUGCCCAGGACCUGCAAAAACAGUGAGAUUGAGAAUGUCUCAGAUUUCUACAACUGGCCUGCUCCUGCAUUAAAUGCAAACUUGUUCGCGCCGUCCAAAGCCUUCAGAAGGUUAUCACCAUUUCCCAGUAGAAUCACAGAGGACUCCACAGGCACCACACUGGAAGCACUGAAGGCUCGCAUCCGGGAACUGGAGAAGCAGAUCCUUAGAGGAGACAGAUACAAGUGUCUGAUCUGCAUGGACUCCUACACAGCGCCCCUCACCUCCAUCCAGUGUUGGCAUGUCCACUGUGAAGAAUGCUGGCUUCGGACUCUGGGAAAUAAGAAACUGUGUCCACAGUGCAACACCAUCACAUCACCAGGAGACCUCCGACGUGUGUACUUGUGAACGAGUCAGCAUCAGCGUCCAGAUUCGUCCCCCAUUUUCCUUUUUUUUUGUCUAUUCUGUUCCGGUGGAUUACAGUUUCCUCUUCCAGACUGAGAGUCGUGUGCAGAUAUUAACAAGGAGCGUCUGAUGUAGCAGCAAACUGCACAGGGACUUGUAAGGACUAUGUAUAGACUCAGUAUUUCCCUGUGAGUGAGACGCACCUCCCACUUCUUGCCCAGCCUCUGACUUUGCCCCCUAGUGGUGCUCCAUGUUACGGUGCAGGUCCAUAACGCUGCUGCCCACUUCCCCGCUUCGCUUUGACACACACCCACCAUCUGCUACGAUGGAGUGUGUGUUUGUGUGUCUGUGUGUGCAUGUUGGUGGGAUCCCUCUCAGCAAGACCUACGAGCUGGUCUUCAGCUGGGAGCUUCAGCCCUCCAUCCCGACAGGGACAAAAAAAAAAAGAAAAAACACACAAAAAAAUAAUAAUAAAGAAACUGCUGAUAGUUUAGCCUUCACCCUUCUGUCCCUUCCAUCCUUUUCUUCAAACUGUCAUUGUGUUUUUUCUCCCACCUUGCCAACAACCCCCCCGAUUUUCACUUCUUUUGUGGUGUUCUAGUGACGUCAACCAAAUUCAAUGAAUCAGUGCAAGCACAUGUAUUAUAGUCUUGUAUGUUUACGGUGUUGUGAGUAAAUGACCUAGAGAACACACUUGUAUACACAUGCAUAACAUGCGCACACACUCAAAAAAAAAAUGACACACAAGUAUAUAUCGCAGUUUUAGUUGGGGCCGGGGGUCGGGUGGGUGGGUGAGGGAGGGGCCGAUGUUUCAAUCUUUGUGGAAAAAGAAAUCCCUCUGUAUUUUUAAACAGAUGUUGUUGUCUUGAGGUUGAAGUUGUAUUUCAUUGUACAGGAAGAAAUUUAAUAAUAUUAAUAAUGAAGUACUCAAACUAGGCUUUAAAGGUUUAGGCUGUACAUUUUUUUUUUUCAACUCUGAUAUACGGUAUAUACUGUAGAUUCAAGUUUAAAGUAAGCGAGCUCAUCGUUUUUUUUGUUUGUUUGUUUGUUUUUGUUUCUUCCCUUUUUUUUUUAAAAUAUCGGAAAGACUGAUUAAAUUUUAAACUGUUAAGCACCCUGAUGAUCCUUUCAAGUGACAACAGAAAUCGGUUUUCUGCAAGCAGAUGCCUAAGAAAGGUGUGAUUCUGUUCAUCCUUUCUAAGAUGGGUUAUAAAACAAAAACAAACAAAAAAAAAAGCUUUGGAUCCCCUUGUUUUUGGGAUAUGUUCAUAUCAUACGACCACAUUGUGGAAGACAACAAUGCUUUUCCUUUCGUCCUACAAGAAGGAUCAGAUCGGAUCGGAUUGGAUUGGAUCGGAUGACUGGCACAUGGCCUGAUCCCUCCGCUCUCUCCAGGAGUGACAUGGUGUACUUUUGUAUUUGUACAACUAUAUAUAUUGUGAUAUUUCUUUUCUGUAUUGAUGUAAACAAGGGGGAAAAGGUUUCAAGAAAAGAAAGCAAAGUGCUGAUCCCAGUCCCACAAUAAAUGGUCAAAUGUUGCAUUUCUUUUUUUUUUUUUUAUCCCCCCCCCCCCGCCCUCCUUUUUAUUUUUUUCCUCUUAUUAUUUGCACCGUUAGUGAGAUUAAUGGCUGUCUCAAUUCUGUAAAUAAACCACUUUUCAAUUUUUCAACACUUGGAGUUGCCAAGCUUCAUAGAAGACAAGAGGCUGUCCAUAACAGUUUAAAUGUAUGAGAUUAUUGAUCAGAGAUGAGAAACCCUUUUUAAAUUUCUUGUUUGGAGAAAAAAAAAAAGGUCCUGUCCCCGUGCUAUAAAAAAAUUGCACAAGACAAUUGUGUGAGCUGAUUGUGUCCUUGUAUAAUUCUUGGAAAUGGUACGUGUCUUACCCGUUUGUAAACUUCAUUUGACAGUAAUUAAAUGAUUGUACAUCUGAAA